AUGUUGUCUAGCAAUUACUACCUGCCUAUCGCCGGACUUGCUGUCGGCACGUCUGCCACCGCACUUGGGGCGUAUAACGUCGACCCCAAUUCUGUAUCCGUAUCAGGACUGUCGAUCGGUGAAUUCAUGGCAGCCCAACUUGGGGUCGCCUAUCCCGACACCUUGAUUGUGCUCGGGCACAAGACUCGCAAGAUCUACAUGCAAGUUGGUACCUCCGACACCAUGAGUCAGCUGAAAGGGCAGCUGGCUAAAUUUGCGGACGCGGCUUCGACCACCCAUGUCACUACUCAAGGUGCUGCCCACACCUUCCCGACCGACUUUGACGGUGCCGGGGACAACCAGUGUGGCUUUGCCUCAUCCCCCUAUAUCAGCAACUGUAAGUAUGAUGGCGCCGGAGCAGUCCUGAAGUGGAUGUAUGGUGAAUUAGCUGCCCGCAAUAGUGGCUCCUUGUCGGGUGAAGUUGUUUCGUUUGACCAGAGCUCCUCCUUUAGGGCCAGCGGCAUGGAUAGCACGGGCUAUCUGUAUGUUCCCGCUGCUUGUAAGAAUGGCUCCACUGUCUGUAAGCUACAUGUCGCGCUUCACGGAUGCCUGCAGAGCCACAGCCAGAUUCAGUCCAAAUUUGUCGACAACACCGAUACGAAUAAGAUCAUUGUUGUUUUCCCUCAGGCAAUUGCGGACUCCUCAACUCAUACCGUUUGGAGCGGAAGCAUGCUUCCCAACCCUAACGCCUGCUGGGAUUGGGUCGGUUGGUAUGGCAAUAAUGCAGACCAGAAAGGAGGAGUUCAAAUGGCUGCAAUUGUCAACCAAGUCAACCAGGUCAUCAGCGGCCACCAGGCCGGGGGUGGCAGCAACGCUACUGCACGAGCCAAGGCUGCACUUGUCAAGCGUCAUGCCAUUCGAUUUUAA